AUGACUGCUGCAUCACCGGACGGUGACGAGAAACAUGCCCAUGGCGGGGACAAGCCCCCCGCCGGCCCGCUGGACGCUGUGUCCCUCAGUGGAGUUGUGGUCGAUAACAGGCCGAGUAUCGUUGCCAGCCCGAAUCAAGAGAAGGAUCUACAAGGCAGUUCCUCAAGGCUAAAUGUUGGUAGCCAGACCAGCAUGGCGAAUGGCUCUUCGGCGCCGAUUCAACGCAAGACAAGGUGGUACUCGAAGUUCGACCCCUUGAGGCUCCGAAAGCUCCCCCCAGUGCCGAAGGAGCGGACGCCAUCCAAGGAAUACAAAGCGGGAAUUUUUAGCGUCGUCACUUUCCAAUGGAUGGGCUCACUGAUGAUGACGGGCUACCUACGUCCGCUUGAGCUGCAAGAUAUCUGGCUAGUUAACCCGGACCGGGCGGUUGAUGUUAUAUCCGACCGAUUGGACGCCGCCUUUAAGCGGCGAGUCGACCGCGGAGAUCGGUACCCGCUCCUUUUUGCCAUCUAUGAGACGUUCAAAUUCGAAUUCUGGCUUGGAGGCUUCUGUCAACUCUUCUCGUCUCUAUUACAAGCUUUCACUCCAUUUUUGACAAGGUAUCUAAUCGCCUUUGCCGCUGAAGCUUACAAUGCGAAAAUUAGAGGCGUCUCUGCCCCACAUAUUGGGCAAGGAGUUGGUAUUGUCAUUGGCAUCUGUGUCAUGCAAGCCCUUCAAAGCGUAUCGACGAGCCAGUUCUUCUUCCGAGGGAUGAUGGUAGGAGGUCAAUCUCGUGCUGCUCUUGUAAAUGCCAUUUUCGCAAAGGCCACAAAGCUCUCAGGUAGGGCCAAAGCCGGCGGCAAGGAACUAGAAAACGACCCUAAUGACGAAGAGCUUCAAGCAGCAAAGGAUGGAGUCCUGAAAGAGAUAUCUGAAAAGAAAAAGGGGACAAAGAAAAAAGCAAAACUGUCAGCCAAAGCCGCAGCAGAAAUUGCCAGUGAUGGGAGCGGAUGGAGCAACGGGAAGAUUGUUGCUCUGAUGAGUAUCGACACCGACCGUGUUGAUAAAGCUCUUGGGCUAUUCCAUAUGAUCUGGACAGCUCCACUUGUCAUUCUUGUCGUUCUUAUUCUUCUCCUCGUCAACAUUGGCUAUAGCGCGUUAUCUGGAUAUGGCCUGCUCGUCCUGGGCGCGCCAUUACUUACUUUCAUUAUUAAGUCCCUAAUUAUUCGACGGCAACGUAUUAACACAAUAACCGAUCAGCGAGUUUCCCUAACGCAGGAAAUUUUGCAAGCCGUUAGGUUUGUCAAAUUUUUCGGGUGGGAGAGCAGUUUCUUGGGUCGAUUGAAAGACAUCCGAGCCCGGGAAAUCAUUGCUGUUCAAAUUGUUAUGUCUAUUCGAAAUGCGAUCUUGUGUGUGGCUAUGUCACUUCCUGUUUUUGCUGCUGUGCUCUCUUUCAUUACCUAUUCUCUCUCAGGCCACACACUUUCACCUGCGCCGAUUUUCUCCUCUCUUGCCUUAUUCAACACACUUCGUUUGCCGCUCAAUAUUCUACCAUUGGUGGUCAGUCAAGUAACAGACGCUUGGACGGCAAUUUGUCGAAUUCAAGCGUUUCUUCUUGCUGAAGAACAAAAGGAUAGUAUUCAGUGGGAUGAGAACUUGGAAAAUGCCGUGGAGCUCCAAGAUGCUUCAUUCACAUGGGAACGAUUACCUACUGUUCCAGACGAAAAAGAAAAUGAAAUGAAAAAUCGAAGCAAGGCAAAGAAGCAUCUAGACACGUCCAGUUCUGGUGUAAAACAAGUGAGUGACGGCGAGAGUUCUGACAUUCGAAGCCCAACCGAGCCAUUUCGUCUCUCCAAUUUGAAUUUCACUGCGGGCAGAAAUGAGCUCCUAGCAGUCAUUGGGACUGUGGGCUCUGGAAAGACAUCGCUUUUAGCUGCCCUUGCAGGAGAUAUGAGAAUGACGGGCGGUGAUGUAACAAUGGGUGCCUCACGAGCGUUCUGCCCCCAAUAUGCGUGGAUCCAAAACGCAACACUAAAGGACAACAUUCUUUUUGGCAAAGAAUAUGAUGAAAGUUGGUACAAUGAAGUCAUCGAUGCUUGUGCCCUUCGCUCAGAUCUCGAAAUGCUGCCAGUAGGAGAUCAGACGGAGAUCGGUGAGCGAGGUAUCACCAUAUCAGGUGGGCAGAAGCAGCGCUUGAAUAUUGCCAGAGCUAUUUAUUUCGAUGCCGAUCUUAUUCUCAUGGACGAUCCACUAUCAGCUGUGGAUGCACACGUAGGUCGUCAUAUCAUGGACAAUGCGAUCUGUGGUCUGCUUAAAGGUAAAUGCCGGAUCCUCGCUACUCAUCAGCUACAUGUCCUCAGUCGCUGUGACAGAAUAAUCCUGAUGAAUGACGGCCAUAUCGAGACGGUGGACACUUUUGAUAACCUCAUGCGUGAUAGUGAAACGUUUCAGAGGUUAAUGGCGACCACAUCCCAGGAAGAGGAGAGAGAAGAGGAAACAAAGGAAGUGGUUCAAGAUGAGGUAGAAGAAAAACCGGCUGAAAAGGCCAAGCCUGUCAAGCAACCAGCUAUGCUUAUGCAGCAGGAGGAACGCGCAGUGGACUCCGUGAGUUGGAAGGUCUGGUGGGCAUAUAUCUCCUCGUUCGGCUGGCCCAUCAAUUUUCCCCUUAUCGUCUUUUUCCUGCUUCUCUGCAACGCUGCGAAUAUUAUGACUAGUUUGUGGCUUGCCUAUUGGACUUCGAGAAAAUUCAAGCUGCCUGAUAGCGAGUAUAUGGGCGUGUAUGCGGCAAUAGGUGCUUCUCAAGCGAUCUCCAUGUACGGCUUUUCCACCAUUCUCACGACCAGCGGCACCAACGCCAGCAAGAAAAUGCUGCAAAAAGCCAUGACCAGAGUUCUAAGAGCCCCGAUGUCAUUUUUUGAUACAACUCCACUUGGGCGCAUUACCAAUCGCUUUUCGAAGGAUAUCCACACCAUGGAUAACGAUUUGUGCGAUGCUAUGCGUAUUUACUACCUAACAUUAACGAUGAUUCUUUCCGUUAUGGUACUUGUCAUUGUCUUUUACCCCUUUGUGAGUAUACCACCGCCCUUGAGGAGUUAUCAAAACUAA